AUGUUGCAGGAAUACUCCCUGAAAAAUGCAGCCUCACAUCACGGGCCUGCACACUGUUGUAGAGAGAGGAGAAGCAGAAGAGCAGCCGAGCCUGAACUGUGGCAAAGUGUGUCAAUAUCCUGGCAUCAUUGCUGCUUUUGUUUUAUUGUAAUUUGUUUGGAGUUGAAUGGACUCGUCAGGAUGGAGGGACACAAGUUUCCUUUCACUAUUGAGAAUAUAUUGAGCAAAUAUCCAAACAGUAAUGGAACAAGUGGCGCUGGAAUAAAGGAGAAGGCAGUGAGUCCUGCUGGAGGCCAGACAGAGGCUGUCCGUCACGCCUGCCUGUGCUGCUGCUACUGCUCCCACUGUGGAGACAUAUACCAGGCUGACUUCAUUCAUGAAGACCUCCUCCCUGCAGCCUGUCAGUACGGAUGGCCCCCAGCGAUGCUCACAGACCCCUGCAGGCUGGGAGACGCUCACAGGGAGGAGCAGACAGCCGGGCAGGUGCAGAGGAGAACCAGACGUCACCGCACUAUUUUUACAGAGGAGCAGCUGGACACACUGGAGGAGCUGUUCCUGCAGAACCAGUAUCCAGAUGUUACCACGAGGGAGAAACUAGCACAGCACACUCACUUAAGGGAAGAGAGAGUAGAGGUUUGGUUUAAAAACCGAAGAGCAAAGUGGAGGCGCCAGAAAAGACUAUCAUAUAGUGUGGGAAGCACAGAAAAUUAAAUUUGUAUUG